GUGUUGCGGCCGCCAUUUUGGUGGAAGGGGAGGUGCGUUUUACUCUCUGGCUCCAUUACCUAUACCGGCGGUGUCGCGGCUUUCAGCGUCCUCCGAUCUCUGAGACUUCCCCGACCCAGAGGACUUUUCCUUUUGCGCUCUGAUUCCAGGACCUUCUCCACGACUAAGCCAUUCUCCCUGCCAGGUGUCCUUUUGAUCUCUUGACCUCUGAUUCAAAGGUCAGCUCCAAGGUUCCGAACUCGGGCCUGGGACGUGAGGGGUCACAGAGCCAAAAUUCCCUAGUUUUUAGCCCUGGGUCCCCCAAAUCCCACCCUUUAGGCUCCCCACCCCAGAUCUGAGCAUUCGUUUUCCCAGAAUUGACUCCGGAGUUUUACAAACCUUUCCCGGGUUAUACAGUAACCCUUAACUAAAUCCCCCUUCUUGAGCCUUGCAACCCAGCCCCAAACUACAAAUCUCGUUCCGGAUAAAGGACCCGCCCUGUUAACCCCCUGCUUCCAUGGUUCCAAAUGUCAGUCCUGGUCCUUUCAGGCCCACUACUCAGCACACAAGUCCUGGAACUCCGCGCUAAAACCUUCAGAACGCCCAUCCCUGUGACUAACUCAUUUUAGAGCAUCCAUCCCGCCCCCAUUCUUGACCUUCCGGCCCUUGCGUGCCAUAGACCCCAAGAUGAUUUCUCCGUGCUCUCCUCCGGUAGAGCCCCCAGCCUCUCCACAAACCCCUGUUCCCCAAGCCCCCAUCACUCCACUUCCUGUACCCCCAAAUGUCCCCAAUGUAGCUUUUUCACCCCCCUCCAGUCUCCAGGCCCCUAUCCCCCCACCACCACCCCCACUGCCACCUCCACCCGCUGUGAGGGGACUGGCUCCCCCUCACGUCUUCGGCCUAGAGAAGAGUCAGCUCCUGAAGGAGGCCUUAGAGAAGGCCGGCCCAGUCCCCAGGAGCAGAGAUGACGUGAAGAGGCUCCUGAAGCUGCACAAGGACCGUUUCAGAAGUGACUUGCAAUGGAUCCUCUUCUGUGCCGACCUGCCCUCCCUCAUCCAGGAAGGCCCUCAGUGCGGGCUGGUGGCCUUGUGGAUGGCAGGCACACUGCUGGCACCGCCCAGCGGCAUCCCCCUGGAGAGACUUGAGCAGAUGGCCAUGGAGAGAGGCUACACAGCCCAGGGAGAGAUGUUCUCCGUGGCCGACAUGGGCAAGCUGGCCCGGGAGGCACUGGGCUGCCAGGCUGAGCAGCUCCAUGGUGGCCUGGGCGGUCCCAACAGAGCCCCUGUCCUGCAGCACCUUGUCUCCGGACAUCCCCUGCUCAUCCCCUACGACGAGGACUUCAACCACGAGCCAUGUCAGAGGAAGGGCCACAAGGCCCACUGGGCGGUGAGCACAGGGGUCCUGCUGGGUGUGCGGGCCGUGCCAAGCCUCGGCUACUCUGAGGACCCCGAGCUGCCAGGUCUGUUCCACCCAGUGCCCAACACGCCCCGCCAGCCACCAGCCCUGCCAGAGGAAGGCUCCCCAGGAGCCGUCUACCUUCUCUCCAAGCAGGGCAAGAGUUGGCAUUACCAGCUGUGGGACUACGACCAGGUCCGGGACAGCAAUCUACAGCUGACGGACUUCUCGCCGUCACGGGCCACGGACGGCCAGGUAUACGUGGUGCCUGCAGGCGGGGUGCGGGCCGGCCUCUGUGGCCAGGCCCUGCUCCUCAGACCCGGGGACUCCAGCCACUAGCCUGCUGCAGCCCUGAGGCCGGCUGACAGGGCCCCCGGCCACAGCUUGGGGUCUGUCACUGUGUGAAGAGUGCUCCGGUUUCUCCCUUUGCAAGAGCCCGCCAAGUGUAGGCUGUGUUCCUGAAGACCUCCAGCCAGAGACCCUCUGCGCGGAGGCCCCCUCCCACCCGUCCGUCCGGUCCCAGGCCCCUUCUCCCAUGCCCACUCCCCCCAGUAUUGGGCUCCUGAUGUGUGGCUGGGGUUCAAGCCAGGAGCCAACCAGACAGGCUCCCUCUCCAGGGAAGAGAUUUGGCCACAGCUCGGCCCUCAGGUCCUGCCUGUCUGCCCCACCUCAGUGUUGCAUCCAGCCAUUUCUCACUGGUGACCAGCCUCCCUUAAAGCACCCGCCUCGGGCGCCUGGGUGGCUCAGUUGGUUAAGCGACUGCCUUCAGCUCGGGUCAUGAUCCUGGAGUCCCUGGAUCGAGUCCCGCAUCGGGCUCCUUGCUCAGCGGGGAGUCUGCUUCUCCC